AUGAGAGGGGCUGGAGAAUCCAGCUGGGAUGAAGAUUUCACUCCCGGGCGAGACAUAAUGCGAGUUAUUCGUUCGGGACCUCUCCUGGAGGAAGGCAUGGAGGCUGAGCUCUGGGGCCGGCUCGCGGGGCUGGAGAUUCGACAAGAUCAGGAUAAUGAAGAGGCCUGA